AUGGCUCAGCUCGCUCAACUAAGCAGUCAGUCUUCCAGCUCACAGGAACAAAAUCAGGACUACCUCUCGAUCAACUCAACGCUGAGAAGUCCUACCGACUCGACAUCCCAAAACGAUACGAGACGCAAAUCCAUUUCUGCCAGCUCUAUUCAGACUUGCACGACACAAGUAGAAGUACAAGAAGAGCUCGGAAGACGCGAAACCAAUAAAGGCUACAAAGCAUACGAAACCAAAGUCGUAGUACAACUUUCUUGGUGGCAAUCCUUCAAGGGAAUUUUACGACCAUGGAGAACGAAAUCGCGAGAAGUUACUGCUGUUGUCGUCGUUGCAGAUGAACAUGGAGAAACAAUGGAUAUUGACAACUGCCCUUGGAUUCCCACGGUUCACGUUCUAUCCAGGGAGAAAGAUGAGGACGGUCGCUUCGAAGAGAAAAUUGCAAAAUGUAUGAUUGACACCGGCAAUUUGCAAGGCAAUCUGAUUUCGAAAGACUUUCUGGUGCAGCAUUUGGGACACUCUGAAUCCGAGUUCAUGCAACUAAAAGAGUCCGAAAAGGCUGGAUCUUCCGUUUCGGGUCAUCAAGUUACACCGGAAGGUGCUGUUAAGCUCACUUGGUAUCACCCGAGUUCUAUCAUAAUAUAUCGCGACAUGAGAUUCCUUGUUAUGGAAAACGCUAUGUACGAUAUGGUGCUAUGUGCGCAGGCUAUUGAAAAACACAAGAUCGUUAACCCUCCAAAUUUUGGCGAUGUGAUUCACACUUCCACGUCGAAGAACACCGAUCCUGAAGAAAAAGAUCUCAAGGCAGCAUUAGAGAAAGCUCAGAACGAUUGCGCCACAGAGCAACAUGACAUCGAGAUUGCCAAAGCCAAAGGGGACAAGCCCAAGGUGCAGCGGUGUCAACAGAGGCUCCAAUCGAAACAAAAAGAGCUGAAAAGGGCAGAAAAGGCUAGUGACGCAUACGCAAAGAGAAAGGAAAAGGCAGAAGAAUCGGCAAAAUCGAAGACAAAACAAGUCAAGACUGAGGUCUCACAGCAGCUUAUGAAGAUCACGAAAGUUACAGUUGCAGGAAAAGAUUCUAGUUUGAAACGAGCAUCGACCUUUACAACUCUUCAAAAUAAAUGA